GUCGUUUCGCCCCAAGCCCCUCCAGUCCGCACGCCCGCCUCAAGUCUAUCGGCCGAUCAGCAAAACUUUCACGAUGGGUUUCAGGGGAAACAACGUCCUACACAAGAAUCAUUUCCGGAAGGAUUGGCAACGUCGGGUCAAAACCUGGUUCGACCAACCAGGUGCCAAGAAGCGCAGACGCAAUGCCCGUCAAGCCAAGGCUGCUGCUGCCGGUGUGAGACCCACCUCCCUCCUCCGACCCGCUGUCCGAUGCCAGACGGUUCGCUACAACCGACGCAUCCGUGCUGGUCGUGGUUUCACCUCCGCUGAGCUUGCAGCUGCAGGUAUCCGCCGCAAGGAAGCCCUAUCGAUCGGCGUUCCUUACGACCACCGUCGCCGAAACAAGAGCGAAGAGGGUGUAUCAUGCAAUGUGGACCGCCUCAAAGCCUACAAGGAACGACUGAUCAUCUUCCCCAAGAAUGCCAAGAAACCUGGCAAAGCCGAUUCAACUGACCUUUCCGCUGCUACCACCCAAGACAUCUCAGGUCCUCUUCCCCUACCCUCCGGUACCAAGCCCGAAGCUCCUCGUGCCAUCACUUCCGAGGAACUUGAAUUCAAUGCAUUCCGAGCUCUUCGACAGGCUCGUGCUGCCCAGCGACAAGCUGGUGUUUGGAAAGCACGUAAACAAAAGAAGGAGGAGGAAGACGCCGCCAAGAAGAAAUGAUGAACUUGUCAUUCGAAUCCACUUACCUAUGAUAUGUUGUGUUGCCCUCUUUCGGUAUGAUGACUUGAUAAAUAUACUUCCCACUCUCAGAAUGAAACAAUCCGCCAUAGUCACUAAGCAGAAUAAGAUUGAGAUUGGAAACCCUGCGCGAAAUAACCAACACCGUAAAAGGGCCAAGUACUUUCCAUCCAUGCUGCUAUUUCAUCUCAGGCCUUCUGUUAAGCGACUGCAUGGUUUCAACUAGGGCAUGGUGGAAGACGGAUUGAGAUGGUAAUACAUCCCACCCCCG